AUGGAGCUAAUUUCCCUCCGUUUAGAGACUAUUGUUGAGGCUGGGAAGAACUUCUCCAGAAAGAUUCUUUGCAUCUCAGCCCAAGCAGUGAAUGCGCAGGAGGCAUCGGAAGCGGCGGCACAGGAGGCGCAGGAGGAGGAGGAGCAGGUGUCGGUGAUGAUGUCGUUGAUGGACUUGUUAGAGGAGACUGAUAGGGAAAUGGGCCUUGAAGGAUCAAGGUAUAUAUUGAGUGAUGAUGAGGAUUUUGAUGAGGAUGCAGAUGAUGAUGGUGGUGAAGAUGGAGAUGGAGGGGGUUCCAUGGAGCACACUUGCUGUAUUUGCAUGGUCACGCAUAAGACUGCUUCUUUUAUACCAUGUGGCCACACUUUCUGCAAGAUGUGUUCAAGGGAGCUUAUGGUUAGUACGAGGAAUUGCCCACUCUGCAACAUUUUCAUUUUGGAGAUUCUUGAAAUUUUUUGA